AUGCCUCCUGCCUACAAGCGCCUCGACAAGGACCAAUGCGUGUUCUUGUUUAUUGACCACCAGGCUGGUCUUAUCCAGUUGGUGCGCGAUUUCGAGCCGACCGAGUUCCACACCAACGUGCUAGGACUUGUCAAGACUGUUAGCUACUUUGGGGCACCUGCUGUCCUCACUACUUCAUUUGACACUGGUCCAAAUGGCCCAAUUGUCAAAGAAAUUGUUGACGAACUGCCCAAAGCUCCAUUGAUCAGACGGCCCGGACAAAUCAAUGCCAUGGAUAACGAAGACUUCGCAAAUGCGGUCAAAGCAACCGGCAAGAAGCAGGUUGUGAUCAGUGGUGUUCUGACUGAGAUCUGCGUGGCUUUCCCUGCGCUCUCCUUAGUGGAGCAGGGAUACGAUGUCUUCGUUGUGACUGAUGCAUCAGGGACCUUCAAAGAGCAUACCCGAGAAGCAGCUCACACUAGAAUGGCUCAUGCAGGCGUCCAACUUCUGAAUUGGGCAGCAGUGGCAGCAGAGCUCCACCGCGACUGGCGCAAUGAUGUAGAGGGCUUCGGCAAGAUUUGGACAGACCAUAUUCCUGGAUAUUGGUGUCUGAUGCAGAGCUAUCUCACCUCAUCCGGCGCAAGUGGUAAAUAA